AUGAGGAGGGCCUACGGGGCUAAGCUUGAUAUCUACGUACUUCAUUUUAAGACAGAUGCCUUCAUUUGGUGCUGUUCUCAAGACUUAGUGGAGUCGCUGGUGGAAAAUGCACACGUUUCCUGUCCGUCCAAUGAUUCUUGUACAGCAGAAUGCUACAGGGGAUAUAUUUUAUCUAAUGGAGAAAAAAGGAAAAUAUUCAAUUGUCAAAAUAACACCUGGUCUACAACAACUUUGGUCUGUAAACUAUGUCUUUUUUUGCACGACUCUCUUACAGGUAUUCCUGUAGUAUCUAUUAAGUACUAUACCAUCUGGGAUCUAGACGGUCUACCAAAAUAUUGCAACAAUGAAACAAUGCACAACAAUAUUUCACAGCGUUUAGAAGACUCAAAACAAAGCCUUGAAAAACAGUUCAUCAAUAUAUGCAAAUUCUUAAAUAUCGAAGUGAAUGUUAACUUCACAUUUUCUUUUAGGUCAUUUGAGGUAGGAACAAGAAUUACUUGCAUAAUAAUAACAUGCAAUCUCUUCAAGUCAAUUUGA